AUGACGGAGGCAAAGGCCGCGCAGCAGAAGCAGCAGGAAGUCGUGAGCCACUGUGGGUGCAAGAAGACGCCCUGGUCGCAGUGGUUCUGCAAGCAUUGCAAGAAGUCAUGGGAAGAAGUUGCUUCAGACGAGAGCGCCGACUUCGUCGCGGCAGACAACGACAGCCCACCCGGGCUGGCACCGCGGGCGGCGGGAUUGCAGCCCCCGCCUGGCAUCAAGAGCAAGGAGCUGGAGCUGUCCAACGAGGAGGUCGACAACCUGGUCGUGCUGGCGAGCAAGAUUGGGGACCAGGCCAUGGAGGACAAGUACAAGGCUAUCCGAGAGUACAAGAAGCGGCUCGCCAUGGAGCCGCGUACGGUGCCGCUGCAGCUCCAGGCUCAGCAGGCGCACCAGCGGGUCUUGCAGCUCGAGGGGCGGCUCAAGCAGGAGGUCGCCAAGUUCGAGCACAUGCAGGCAGCGCUGCAGGAGCAGACUCAGUUGGUGGAGACGCUCAGCAGCGACCUCGAGGUGGCGGACGGCCAGUACAAGGAGCUGCUGGGCCACCUGCACACGAACGUGGGCGACCUCAGCUGCUUCGACCUGGGGGAGUGUGAGACGCUCUACGGUUUGGUCGAUCCGAAGCCGCACGAGGUCACCGAGGAGGACCAGAAGCAGGCCGCCGAGAGGAAGGAGAAGAUGCAGCGUGGGAUCGCGGAGCUGGCGCAGACUUUGUUUGGCUCGGCGAAGUCGCUUGCGGAGAACAUCACCAAAGAGCAUGAGGAGCACGUCAAGCGGCUCUCCACCAAGAAGCGGGCGGAGGCGGCCCCGCCGCAGGCGGAGCCGAGGGCGCCGAGGCGGGAGGCUCACAGCCUGCGCCUGGCGCCGCGGCUGACGCCGUGCCAGCGGCUGCUGGUGGUGCUGCUGAUGGCCAGCAGCGGCCGAGCGACGUGCUAG